AUGUCAUUUGAUAGACAUCAAAAUGAAGACUCAAGUGAAUCAAGAGAUUUGGUUGGUUUGGAUUCACAAGUGAUUAAAGAAUUUGUUUGCAUUCCGGGACCCAAACCAUCGCUUCCAUGGAUAGGAACCGGAUGGCAGUACUUCAAGUACAUCGGUAGAUACAACUUAUCCAAACUACAUGAGGCUAACCAACACAAGUAUGACACCUAUGGACCUAUUGUUAAGGAGGAAUAUGAAUGGGGAAAACCAAUUAUACAUAUAUUUGAUCCCAAAGACUUUGAGACAGUAUUUAGGAGUCAAGGCAAGUGUCCCAUGAGACCGGCCAAUGAGUUUGUAUCCCAUUAUAGACUCCAGAAUAAGCAUAAAUACCCGAACGUUGGUCUCUCUAAUAUGAUGGGCGAGCAGUGGUACCAACACAGACAGCUCUUGGCACCAGCACUCAUGAGUCUGAAAGUUAUACAAAAUCAUAUCCCAUCACAAAAUCAAAUUUGUGAUGACUUUCUUGACUACUUGUGGCAAAUAAGAGAUCCCAGUAAUGAUGUAUUGAAUGACUUAUCGGAUGCUACCUAUAGAUUGGCCUUAGAAUCCAUUUGUAUGAUGUGUUUGGACUCAAGAUUGCAUUGCUUUUUAAAAGACAACACAACGACAAGCGAUGGACAGCUGCUGAUAUCGGCCACAAAGCUGUUGUUUGAGAGUUACAAUGAGUUGUAUUACGGAAUACCCUUUUGGAAACUAUUUGCCACCAAUUCUUAUCGUAAACUAGAUUCGGCUGAAACCUGUAUCUAUGAAAUCGCCUCCAAAUACAUACAAAUGGGCUUUAAUGGCAGUACUCGUGACCAAACAAAUGCUAACCAAAGUGUUUUGCAAACUCUACUCAACACUGAAGGCUUGACUGAGAGUGAUAUUAAAAUAACAAUCAUUGAUUUCAUUGCCGGAGGAAUAUUCACCGUUUCCAACACUCUUUGCUUUCUAUUCUAUCACUUGGCGUCCAAUCCUGAAGUUCAACACAAACUGUUCCAAGAGGUGAGUCAAGUGAUGGGCGACAGCCAUCUGCUCACUGCUGACAUGUUGGCCGACAUGCCAUACCUCAAGGCAUGUGUGAAGGAAUGCUUUAGACUCACGAAUACUGUUCCCGGAAUCACCAGAAUUUUGCCCCAACCCACUGUCCUCUCUGGUUAUCACGUCCCACAAAAUAGAUGGUUAGACGAAAGCAAGAAGGAGUUCCACGCCUUUGCUUUAUUACCGUUUGGUUACGGGAACCGUAUGUGCGCUGGAAAACGCUUCUCAGAGCUCGAGUUGUAUUUGUCGACCGCUAAACUCAUCCAAAAGUAUGAGAUAACUGCCAUUCAGUCCAAACUGGACUUAAAAUUCUCCGCGCUGUUGGAGUUGCGACAACUUGAGGCCGGGGAGCGCUAUGCCCGCACGCACGGCCCCUUCGGAUGCACUCCUCGGCCCUCAUCGGAAGUGUCGCGAACCAGUCUCUUGGGACGCCCUCUCAAAGCCGGGUACAGACACCGCGACCCCAGGUAUCGCAAGUUGCAGAACGUGUUGUACAACUUCUUGGAGAGACCCCGGGGCUGUCGCGCCGCCUCUUAUCACCUUUUAAUGUAA